CGUUAAACAUAAUGUCACGUGACGCAUAAUUUAUGAAGCUUUUCGUAUUGGGUUACUCGUUGAACUAUGAUUAGAUCUGUCCUUGCUCAGGCGUUGUGACGAAGUUUAUCGACACUUAAGUGUAUUCUUAUGAGGAAAAUGGUUAUACACGCUGUACAUUUGUUUUAUGACAUAAAUACUAUUAUAGUUCGAGUCAAGUGUUUGUUUCCGUUCAAGUCGGAGGAAGGAGAAUACAUGCUAACAAGGAACAAAUUAUAUCGGACAAACAGUUUGUGUGACAUUCGCAACGUUGACAACGUCCAAGACGAAUACUAAACAGUAUACACUUGUAGAAAAUGGGCAAUUUAAGACAGAGAUUAAACCACAACACUGGGCCAUCGAUGGUGUGUUGUUUGAAGCUAGGAGUCAAAGAAAUUCAAAGUUGUUUCGUGACAUCUCGCGAGGUUAGGGACUUAAGAAAGGAUCAACAAUGGAUAUGAGUCUGCGACAAGUGAAUGAUGAUGAACCUACUCUACCACAACCUUCUCUGACAGAUAAUGACAGGAACGUGCCUCACAUAGAAGAAAGGAGAUUAGGAAUCCAUACCACGAGACCACUACAUACGGGUCAGGCAAUUCUGCAGAGACGUGUGAAAUCCUUCGAUAGGAGUCCAGAAAUCAUAAGACACCGAGCACUAGAGUUGGCAACAGCUGGGUUCUAUUACUUCGGUUAUGCAGACUGCGUCCGCUGUUUCUUUUGCGGAAUCGUCCUUCGACGCUGGGAGCCUGGUGAUGUAGCUUGGGCCGAACAUGUCCGAUGGAACCCUAGCUGUACAUUUGUGCAGUUGAACUCGUGAAGAAAAAAAUAACAGAAUAUGUAAAAGAAGGAAAGGCAUGUAUUUAUUAAGGAAAGCAUAAAGAACACUGUUUAUGAAGGCACAUUAACGAUAUGUAUUGAUGAAAAACACACAAAUGAAACAAUAUGUGAUUCCAAAAAACUGUUUAUAUGAAAAGUUUAUAAAUGACAUAGGAAAUUCACAUCUUUGUAUAUUAAAAAUAAAAAGACAAAUUAGGCUUAUUGUGCCGAUAUGUGGUUGUGCAUUCGAACAUUGUUUUGGGGAACAAUACACAUGGUUAUUAUGAAGAACAGUGAACAUUCACUCUAUUGUGUUUGAAAAGUAUCUGAUAAUAUUAAUCUAAUAAGGCCUACUUGUGCAGAUCUUGAGAUUCACCUUGCACAAUUGUUUUUGAACAGAGAAACAUAUCAGAUUUGUGUAUGAAUUGAAAUAAAUAAAUAAUUGUUUUUAAUGAAUCAACGUUUAAAAAAACUCUGCUUGGAAUUUUUAUAAUAAGUAAACAAACUGAAACGUAACCAAAGUGUGUAAAACUGUGUCAGGUUUCAAAUAAUAAAUUAUUAAUUAAGAGUCGAGAACAAAGUCUAUAUUUUAUAUUGACAUAUGCUGACCUUGUAUUAAUUGUAUAGCUAAAUAAUGUUAAUGUUUUAAUAAUUUGAUGCGUAGUUAAAAAUUACACGGUUGUAUAGUAGAGUUUAAAGUUUAUAUAUGUUAAUAUAUAUUUAUAUAAAUAGAUAUAUUUACGACCUUGGUGUCCAAACACAAAUCACUCUUCAUAAAACUAAAUUAAUUCAUAAACAGUUUGGAAGGCUUUUACUGGAUUUAAAUGCUGAUACAAAGUAUAUGUUUAGUGUAUAUGAUUUUGUUUUAUUUAUGAAACUUU